AUGGUCUACCUUGCCAGAGUCGAUGAUGCCUUGUCUACCAAAGUGACGGGACUCAAGUGGUUUAAGAUCUACGAGGAUGGUAUGGAUGCCAAUGGCGAGUGGGCCGUUACAAGACUGUAUAACAACAAGGGCCUGGUAGACUUUGUACUGCCGUCGUGCAUACCCAGUGGACAGUACCUCCUUCGCGCAGAGCUCAUUGCUCUCCAUGCCGCCUCAAACUACCCCGGUGCUCAACUCUAUAUGGAGUGUGCUCAAAUCAAUGUGACAGGAGGUGGCAGUGCCAGUCCGGCGACUGUCAGCUUUCCAGGUGCAUACAAAGCGACUGACCCGGGGAUUAAGUUUCAACUGUACUGGCCGAUCCCGACCAGCUACACAAUUCCCGGUCCGAGACCAUUCACUUGCUCUGCCAAGAUCAGCGCGAACCUCAAUAACACCACUCCCACAGACCCCCACCCCCUCCUCGCCCAAGUCCCCCUAACACUCUCGCCCUUCCUCUCCCUCCCCACAUCCGUCCCCCUGCCAUACUCCUACGUAACCCUUCCAUCGACGCUGCCUCCCUCGAUCCUCUCUCAGCAGCAGCAACAACAACAAGACCCGUCCAACCCCAACGCCUCUGCGUCGAAACCAGCAUACGUCACCUCUUCGACGGGCACAUCAGCGCAUCCAGACCAGAUACUCACGUCGUGUGUCGCGCUACAGGAGCACCUUGCUAAGCUAGAAGCGGACGCGAGGAGGACGUUGGCGGAGUGGGAGGAGAGGCGGCGGAAGGAGGAUCUUGCGGAGAAGAGGAGGGUUGCGCCUGGGUGGUUGGACAGUGGUGUGCAUAUCAUUAAGCCGGAAGGAUCUGGCGAUAAUCAUGAGUCGGCCAAGGAAGAAAAGGUGCCAGAGCAGAACCUGAUGGAUCUAGAUCCGCAGGCGGAGCGCAAGGCACAGGAAGGCGAGGAGCUGGACAGGGUGUUUGGUGGAUUACAGGUUUAA